UGAUAUUGAAUGGUGAGCCAAUGAAAAUGAUGGUGGACACGGGCGCUGAUAUUUCGAUUAUAUCAAUCGAGCAAUGGAGGACCAUAGGACAGCCUCCAUUGUGCCCGCCAUCCGUGAAGGCAAAACGGCUUCGGGUAGCCAACUGAAAAUCCUAGGAGAAUUUUGUGCUCAUGUGGCUUUGAAGCAGCAAGUUAAACGAUGUACGAUGAGAGUCACUGAGGAGCCGCUGAUGUUACUAGGUGCUGAUUUGAUGGAAGUUUUUGGAUUGUGGGAUGUUCCAUUGGCGUCGGUGUGCAAUCGUGUGUGUGUAGCAACGAUUAGUCUAGAGGCAGUAAAAAGGGAUUUUGAAGGAUUAUUUUCCCACGAGUUGGGGCACUGCAUGAAAGCAAAAGUGAGGAUGGAGCUGAAAAAGGAUGCAGUCCCUGUAUUUCGUCCAAAGCGUCCUGUUUCAUAUGCGAUGCGCCCCGCUGUAGACGAGGAGCUAGACCGGCUGGAAAAAGAAGGUAUAAUAACCCGUGUUAAUUUUUCAGCUUGGGCUGCGCCUAUAGUGGUAGUGCGCAAGGCGAGUGGAAGCAUUCGUAUAUGUGGCGACUACUCAACGGGGUUGAAUGAUGCACUCCAGCCUCACCAGUAUCCGAUCCCGCUGCCGGAGGAUAUUUUUUCAACGUUGACAAAUUCGGCCAUGUUUAGCCAGAUAGACCUCACCGAUGCGUUCCUACAGGUUGAAGUGGAACAAGAGUGCAGAGAGCUGCUAACGGUUAACACACACAGAGGGUUAUAUGCUUAUAACCGACUUCCGCCUGGGGUGAAGGUCGCACCAGGAGCCUUCCAGCAGUUAAUGGAGACCAUGCUAGCUGGGUUAAAGGAUGUGGCGGUGUACCUAGAUGACAUCGUGAUUGGCGGAACGGAUGAACACACCCACAUGGGAAACCUUCGCGCGGUGCUCGCGAAGUUGCAGGAAUAUGGGUUCAAAAUAAAGCCUGAAAAGUGUAACUUUUUCCAAAAGCAUAUUAAGUAUCUUGGUCAUAUUUUAGAUCGUGAUGGACAACGCCCGGAUCCUGCCAAGAUUGAAGCGAUUGUGAAGAUGCCUUCCCCGAAGAAUCCUGCUGAAGUACGCUCAUUCCUAGGAGCGAUAAACUAUUAUGGGAAGUUUGUGCCGCAAAUGAGGAAUCUUCGUUACCCGCUUGAUGAGCUAUUAAAAAAAGAUGGGCAAUGGUAUUGGAGUCCAGAAUGUCAGAUUGCAUUUGACACGUUUAAGCGGUUGUUAAGCUCAGACCUCCUUCUGACUUAUUAUGACCCAAAGAAACCGAUAAUAGUGGCAGCUGAUGCGUCGUCAGUGGGAGUAGGAGCCACUAUUAGCCACAGAAUGCCAGAUGGCACGAUAAAAAUAGUUCAGCAUGCAUCACGCGCUCUUACUAAAACUGAAACAAACUAUAGUCAGCCAGAUCGUGAAGGAUUAGCAAUAAUUUAUGCGGUGACUAAGUUUCAUCGAAUGAUCUUUGGGCGGCGUUUCACGCUCCAAACGGAUCAUGCACCCUUGCUGCGUAUUUUUGGCUCGCGCACUGGAAUACCAGUGUAUACCGCGAAUAGAUUGGAACGCUGGGCGUUGACGCUGCUGCUGUAUGAUUUCAGCAUUGAAUACGUAUCUACGGAGAAAUUUGGUAAUGCUGACGUGUUGUCGCGCUUGAUUGCAAAUCAUGAGAAACCGGAUGCAGAAUAUGUUAUUGCUAGCAUCGAAACAGAGAGGGAUUUGCAAGCCAUGAUUGGCUGCGUAACGCAAAUAAUGCCAUUGACAUUAGAAGAAGUGCUGAAUGAAACCAACGAAGACCCGGUAUUAAGAAAUGUUAGAGACUAUGUGAUCAAAGGAUGGCCUAGUAAGAAAGUAGAGAACCAAGAGUUGCGAAAUUUCCAAAGCAGGAGUGAAUCCCUGUCCAUCGUAAACGGAUGUUUACUUUUUGGUGAGCGGUUGGUAAUACCAGGGCCACAGAGAGAAAGAUGUUUACAACAACUACAUAGAGGCCAUCCUGGUAUGGAUAAGAUGAAAGCGCUGGCAAGGAGCUAUGUUUAUUGGCCCGGAAUAGAUCGAGAGAUAGAGGGAAAAGUUAGAAGGUGCCACCGGUGUGCAGCGGUUGCAAGGUCACCAGCGCAUAGCACACCCAUCUCGUGGCCAGAAUCGACUGCUCCGUGGCAGCGAAUACAUGUUGAUUAUGCUGGCCCUAUUGAUGGAAUGUAUUAUUUGCUAGUCAUCGAUUCUUAUUCUAAAUGGCCGGAGAUAGUGGCAACAGCAACGAUUUCAGCAAGAGCAACAAUUAGGAUUUUAAGUGAAAUUUUUAGCCGUUUUGGAAUGCCUAAUGUUUUAGUAAGCGACAACGGGUCGCAGUUUGUAAGCACGGAAUUUGAGCUAUUUUGUACGUUAAACGGCAUUGAGCAUUUGCGAACAGCCCCCUUCCAUCCGCAAUCCAACGGGCAAGCGGAAAGAUUUGUGGAUACAUUUAAACGGGCACUUAAGAAAAUGGAGGGGGAAGGUGGUACAGUGCAAGAAGCAAUAGAUAUUUUCUUAAUGACGUAUCGAAGCAUACCGCAUAAGCUUUUGGAACGGAAUCAAUCGCCAGCAGAAGUGAUGAUAAGGCGUAAAAUGCGUACAUGCAUGGAGCUUUUGCGACCGUCUAUGGGUUUGGGCAAAGACGUUAAACAUAGGAUGCGAUUAAGAAAAUAUGAAUGUAAUGAUCUCGUUUACGCAAAACAGUAUUUUAGAAACAAAUGGAAAUGGGUAUCCGGAACAGUCAGGAAGCGUUUAGGCUCGGUUAUGUACGAGAUUGUUACCACAGAAAAUAGACAUUUACGAUCCCACAUUAAUCAGUUGCGUUCGCGAGUGAGUGAUAAACAAUCAAGUCCGUUUAACGUUGAUGAGUCACGUUCGUACCGUAUGUUAGACGUGUUGUUGGAUGCUUGGGGUAUGAACUCGAAUGAAUCGGGAGCUAGCAGGCAGGGAAACGCUGAAAUGAACACGGAUAUAGCUAGGGCACAAUAUACGGAAUCGCCAUCGUUGGCUAUAUCGUCAUCACCCCCAUCAUCCUCAUCGUCUUCACCGCUACUGUCGUCGUCAGCGGUGCAAUCCGAGAGUCCCUCGUCAUCGUUCUCAGAAGAGCUAAGAUCGGCAACAUCUCCGGGGUUCGCUACAGCAGAUAGCGGUUCAUCAACGCUGGUACAGCCUCUACGACGUUCUACGAGGAUUCGUAAACCGCCUCAGUGGAUUGAGCAAUACCGCCGGUACUAA